UUUGAGAAUUGAAGAAUACAAAUUGAAUAGUGUUUGAAAAUAGGUUAUCGAUUGCUGGCAUGCACCUUAUUCAUCAUCACUUAUGUGAUGCGCUGAAGGGUAGACUAAACCAAGCCAGCUGCUAUGUCCUGGUACAGUAUUUCUGUAUUGUUAUGUUAGCGUAGGGUCCAUUAAUCUAAACACGAGUCAGAAUAGAAUCAGACAGGGGAGAAAGAGAGCAUCGAUAAAAUGAGCGGGUGUCAAAAAGUGAAAGAGGAUGGAAGAUAGGAGAGGGGGGAGAAAUGUACACCUUUCAUGAGUGAGCUCGCGGCCACGCGUAGGGGAGUCAAUUUUGAUAGGAGUGUGUCGGUUACGGCCGGCAGACAGGGGUUCCGGUGACGGCGUUCUCCAUUCUCCAGUGGGAUCCCGGCUGUUCCCAGUGCAGUCAGUCAGUGCUCCUUUCCUUGUCACUCGAGUCAGGCCUCCUAAUUCUCAAUUGUGGUUUAACCAUUCCAGACAGUCAUCGCUCAAAUAUGGAGCCUGAAAUUCCCAAGAAAUCACUAAGCGAUAGAUUGUUGCAAGAGCUGACGCCGCCAGUUCACUACUCAGAAACUAAAAUUUCUGUGAUUGGGGCGGGUCAAGUUGGAAUGGCUUGUGCUUUCAGUAUUCUAACUCAGAAUGUAUCCUCCGAUCUUGCCCUAGUGGACUAUGUAGAGGAUAAAUUAUUAGGAGAGCUCUUGGAUCUUCAACAUGGAGCUUUCUUCAUGAACUCACCAAAAAUAUCAGCUAGUUCAACGUACGAGGUAACGGCCAACUCGCGCAUCUGCAUAAUCACGGCGGGAGCGAGGCAGCGAGAGGGAGAGUCACGGCUGGCACUGGUGCAACGCAACGUGGAGAUCAUGAAGGCAAUUGUGCCACAGCUGAUGAAGUACAGUCCGAACACGACGCUGCUGGUGGUGAGCAAUCCUGUGGACAUCCUGACGUGGGUGGUGUGGAAGCUGAGCGGCCUGCCUCGCCACAAGGUGCUCGGCUCGGGAACCAACCUGGACUCGUCGCGCUUCCGUUUCCUGCUCAGUCAGAGCAUGAAGGUGUCCGUCAAAAAUGUGCACGCCUUCAUUGUUGGCGAGCACGGUGACUCUAGCGUACCAGUUUGGUCAGGUGUCAAUGUAGCCGGAGUUAAAUUGAGGGAUUUGGAUCCGAAUUUUGCUACUAAAAAGGACGAGCAGAGAUAUGACGAGAUUCAUAGAAAAGUGGUCGAAAGCGCAUAUGAGAUAAUCAGACUGAAAGGUUACACGUCUUGGGCAAUUGGACUCAGUGUAUCGCAAAUAUGUGAUGCACUUUUGAAAAACCAGCACAGUAUACAUUGCGUCAGUUUGCCAGUCAAGAAUUGCUAUGGAAUUGACGAGGAUGUGUUCUUGUCACUACCAGCUGUACUGGGAGAAGCUGGAGUUUCGCAUAUUGUAAAAAUCCACCUCAACGAAGAAGAAGAAAUUAAACUGAGAGACUCUGCAAAAACAAUAGCCAAAGUAACUGCAGAUAUCAAAUGGUAAAUCAUGAAAUGAGACUGAUUUGGAAGAGAAAUGAUGCGAAGCCAUGACAGAAAAUGCAAAAUUAUGCAUGGCAGGGGUUCACUGACACAAAAUGACUCACAACUAUAUAAAUCAUCAUAUAAUUCAACCAAACAACACAGUUGAAAGACAAUAAUUAUUGUAACGUCAGUACAAGUAAAAGUCAUAAACUAUAUUUUUUACAGCAUAAUACUUCAGUUUAAAUUUUUGUUAAUUACCAAUUAUGUUUGCUACUGGCAAUGUCAUUGUUAUAUUUUGUUCACUAUUGUUCAACAAUCUAAAUACUUUAUAUGUAUUUGCAAUAUUCUUAUUUGUAAAAUAAAAUAUAUAUUUUCUACACAUAUAAAUAUAAAGCUGAAUGGGAAAUGAACAGACUUUCAAUCUUUGUAAACUUUACCGUACUUGUUUUAUUUUAUGAUUGAAUAUUCAAAUAUUCAUAGUCAUUCUAAGAAAUGAGAGCUGCAAACCAACUAUAGUGCAAUAUGAAAAUGAACUAAUCGGUAUAAUACAUACACAAGGCAAGGAAUGCAUAUUGCAUAAACUGACAAUGCAAACUCAGCUAAUAACCAUCUCGAUUGAAGUCUUUCAAUACAUUGUUGGAUUUAAAGAGAUUCAAGAAACACGGGCAAUUUGAGUUGAUAUUUAUCGAUUAUAUUUACAUUUUCUCAAAGUAGAAUGAAAUAAAUCUAAACGAAUGAAAUAUUUAAUAUUAUUACAAUAUAUGACACAGAAAAUAUUAUUGAAUGUUUCCAAUUAUACACAUUCGAUGUUCGUAUUGUUUAUUGCAAUUACAUUGAACUAAUAUUGGAUCUUCAAAAAAAAACUGAAUGAUGACGAAACAUUUCUAUCAAAGAAAAAAAAAUAAGAUAAAACCUUUUGAAAUGGAUAGUUGACGAGAAGCUAUUCUAAACAAUUCAACGCAAAAAAUUAAUAUAAUAAAUUAUUGUGAAAAACAUUUUGAGAUUCUAAUUAAAAUUAUUUGAGAAAUGGC